AUGCCAUUCGUAAGAAUAUAAAUAAUAAAUCUUUUAUAUAUUAAUUUAAUCCAAAUGGCAGAGAAUUUCGAAUUGGCAGCUGAAGAAGUUAAAUCAUUCGUUGAUAAAUUGAAUGAUUAAACAAAAUUGUAGAUUUAUGGAUUAUACAAAUAAGCAACCGUGGGAGAUGUUAAUAUCGGUAAACCAGGAAUUCUUGAUCAAAAAGGCAGAGCAAAGUGGGAUGCAUGGAAUGCUAACAAGGGAAAGUCUAACGAAUAAGCAAAAGCUGAAUAUGUUUAAGUCGUGAAAGCUAAUGCUCCUGCUGAUAUUGCAAAAAAUUUAUGAGCGAAUGAAAUGAUCAUAUCAUAUUAAAUGUUACAUUAAUCUAUAAUUAUCAUGAAAGGACAA